GUACAUUAUGGUGCCAAGUGGAAACAUGGGGGUGUUUGAUCCCACAGAGAUCCAUAACCGAGGACAACUGAAAUCACACAUGAAGGAAGCCAUGAUUAAACUAGGCUUUCAUCUGCUGUGUUUCUUCAUGUACCUUUACAGUAUGAUUCUGGCUUUGAUAAAUGAUUGA